UGACGCGGUAUAAUUACUCCCCAAUGUGCCGGGGGGAUGGAGGGGCUUUUUGAGGCGCAGUCAGGCUGAGGCUAGACGAGCGCGGCUUGCACAACACGUACGAGGCAGAAGUCUCCCUUUACCCGUUCACAGUUGUCCUUGUGUCUGCGUGCCAGUGGGCUGGAGAUGACACUCUUCUGGGGAGCACCACUGGUGCUGCUGGUCCUGUUGUCCUGCACAGAGCCUCUGGAAAACCCCCCUGCCAGCUCCAAUGAGGUCCUGAAGUCCAGUGAGCUGGAACCCAGCAAGUCCCAGAACGUCAGCGACGUGAUGGAGAAUGCUAUUGAAAAGCUGGGUGACUCCGAACAGGCUGCAACAGCAGAGCCUCUCCCGGCCCCGAGCUGUCCUGGGAAUCAGGUACUUCUGGAGGAGGGCAAGGGAUGCAGUUGUCCUGGAGACUUAGUCAAGCAGGGAGAGAACUGCACAUGCGAUCCUGGUUUUGCCCUGCAGGGGGAAGCACUGUGUCAGGAUGUCAAUGAGUGUGCAGUGGACAGGACAGACCCCUGUGGACGCCAUGCUAACUGUACCAACACCCCAGGCUCCUUCCUGUGCCAGUGCCACAGGGGGUAUCUAUGGGGGCCAGGGGGCUGUGAAGACGUGGACGAGUGUCAGCUAGCCCAGGUGACAGGGCUGCAGGCAUGCUUUGAGGGGUCACAGUGCCAGAACUCUCCUGGCUCCUUCUCCUGCUCCUGCCCUAAAGGCUUUGUUCUGGCUCUGGAUGGCAAGAGCUGUGUGGAUGUGGACGAGUGCAGUUUUGAAGAGCAGUGCCGCAAGGAACUGGGCAACAUGUGUGUUAACACCCCAGGGAGCUACACCUGCCAGUGCCAGCAGGGCUUCAGGGCUGAGAAGCCAGCCUGCGUGGGCCCAGUGUGCGCAGACUACACUGUGUGUCAAGAUGUGGACGAGUGCACAGAGACCCCCGAUAUCUGUGCUGGACAGGGGGUGUGUGAGAACACUCUGGGCAGCUACAGGUGUGUCUGCCAGCCUGGGUACAGAGGCAACGGCACACACUGCGAAGAUGAGAACGAGUGUGCCUCAGGCAGGCACGGCUGUGACGUCAACGCUCGCUGUGGGAACAUCAUCGGCUCCUACUUCUGUCAGUGUUACCAGGGCUUUGCUGGCGAUGGGCACUCCUGCUUCGAUGUGGACGAGUGUGCCCUGAACAAUGGAGAGUGCCAGCAAAACUGCAGCAAUGAGCCUGGCGCCUACCAGUGCCACUGCCAGCAGGGCUACCAGCUCUCCCAGGAUGGCCACAACUGCACAGACGUGAAUGAGUGUGUGUUGGUGAACGGAACAUGCGAUCAGAUCUGCACCAACACGGAGGGCUCCUUCCUCUGCUCCUGCCGCCCAGGGUACCAGCUGCAUGUGGACAACCGCCGCUGUGUGGAUGUGGACGAGUGCAAACUGCAGAACGGAGGCUGUUCCCACAGCUGCUUCAACACCCUUGGGGGACACCAGUGCGAGUGUCCAAAACCCCUGCUCCUCAACAUGGACAACAGGACCUGUGUUAAUGUCAGCUCAUGUGCCCUGAGGAACGGCGGUUGUGCCCAUGCCUGCACUGAGCUCAGCGAGGGCCAGCCACUCUGUAGCUGCAGGGCAGGAUGGGAGCUGGGCGCUGAUCGCCGAAGCUGUCAGGAUGUGGAUGAGUGUGCUGACUUCACUAACGGAGGCUGUGAGCAGCUGUGCCUGAACCACCCUGGGGGAUUCAACUGCAGCUGCAGAAAGGGAUACGAACCUCGUACCGAUGACCCAGCCAAGUGCCAGCCGGUGUGUGACCCCCCCUGCCAGAACUCAGGUGUGUGUGCUGCUCCCAACAGCUGUGACUGUCCUGCGGGCUACCCUGGUCCUGGCUGUUCAGCCAUGUGCUCUCCUCCCUGCGCUCACGGAGGCUCAUGUAUGCGCUGGAACACCUGUCUGUGUCCCCCAGGGUGGACUGGUCCAGGCUGCCACACUGCGGUGUGCGAGCUGCCCUGCGCCAACGGAGGGCGUUGUAUUGCCCCAGACACAUGCCAGUGCCCCUAUGACUACACCGGCUCGCAGUGCCUGACUCCCACCUGCACCCCGCCCUGUCUGAAUGGAGGAAGGUGUGUCGAUGUCAACAAAUGCACCUGUGUCCGGGGCUGGCAGGGUGCCCGCUGUCAGAUAGAGCCCGUGCUGUGCCAGGUGGCCUGUAAGAACAAUGGGGUGUGUGUGGGUCUUAACCGCUGUCGCUGUGCCAGUGGCUUCACGGGUGCCCUGUGUGAGACAGCUGUGACAACACCCUGUGUGCCACCCUGCCAGCAUGGCGCCACCUGUGCCCCCUUCAACAAGUGCAGCUGUCCAGAGGGCACAACAGGCAUGCGCUGUGAGAAGCUGAUUUGUCCUAUUGUGACCACAGUGGUGAGCACAGCACGGGCAGUGCGCAGGGGGGUGAGGGAGAGCUAUGUGGAUCGCUGUGGACCCCUGGGAGUCCAGCUGUGCACCAAGUACAGAAUCAACCAGGCACGUGUGUACCUCCAAGCCUACAGGGUGGGUUAUAAGAUCCAGUGUCCAGAAAAGAAAAACAGCUGAGGAGUCUGCAGUCAACUUCCACAUUCUCUUGGAUUCCUCACUAACACAUCAUUCGGGAUUCUCCUCAUCCUCCCCUCACCUCAGUGUCUCCCAGCGUCUCCCUUCUCUCCAGGGGAGAUUUCCCAUCACCUCCUUCUUCACACCCUCCUUCCCCUCCUAGUUCCUCUCACACUCUCACCUGAAAGCUUCUAGGGGAUCUGCCAUCCCCUAGAGCUGAGGGACUGUUACAUGCCUUUCUACUCCUUGGACAGUAUUUGACCUCAGAAAUGUGUCAUUAAGGAAAGCCAGAAGCCAAGUCACAGACCAAGACACACAUUCAGGUCUUUAAAUACAAUCAUUUGGCUGCUGGAACCUGUCUGACCUGAACUAACACACUGUUCUGGAAAGGUCCCAGAGCACUGGAUUCACCAUCUCAGCUUGGCAAACCACUCUUAGCACUUUAUGUUCAAAGACGCUCUCCAGUUCGUUUGAGGUUCCACUAAGCUUUGUAUUUCUCUUCUCAUGGAAGAUCUAAAUAGAGCUCUGCUGGAGUGGCCCCUGUUCUGUUAGCACAAGAUUUUGAAGAAGCCUCAGUCCCUUUUCAGUCCAGCCACAUCUGAAUCCUUCAGUUUGUCAUAUGUAAUUUGUGUCUGCUAAGGAAGAAGUCUAAUAAGGCCACCCCUGUUCACAACUUAACUGUGGUUUUAAACCUUCCAAAGGCUCGAUGUUCACAUUGGUGUGAUCAUUCCUGCAGCACUGAGUUGCACUUGAUUCCCCCCUGUCCCCACCUCCAUAAAGCAUAACCAGUCAAGUCCUGCUGGCCAAAACAGAACACUGAGUAAUACUGAGCAACUUAAAUUAGCUGUUCUCCUGCCACUUGAAGUGCUGGCAGUGAGGGUGGAAAAAACAUGGAAAUAUACAGACUGAUUUCUGUCCUUUUUUUCCGAGUCAAUUUGUUGUGUAACGCCAACGAUUGUUGUGAUGUACUAGACAGUAAUAGUUGCCGGGAAUGUAUUAUUAUUAUCCAUGUUCAACUAUGUAUACAAUGAUGUAAAGCAAAAGAGGUCUCAUCUGUGUAUAAUAGCUGUAUGAGGGGGUCUCGUUUGGCUAGGCUUCUCUACAGUACAUCCCCUAUUUCAAACACACAUGAUGCUCAAGUGCUAACACAAGUAAGGUUGUCAUCUUAUUACACCGGUAACUAUGCUUGAACUAAUACAUGCAAAUGCAUUUGUCAGCAGAUGCACAAAUGGUAGCAGCACAAUUCGAGCCCAGCCAGGAGCUCUUGGUUGAGAUUACACCCACUAGGUUGGCACAUAAUUUUACAAACCAAAAAGAUUUUCACUGAACAUGCUUAUUGAUGUUUCCAUAUCUACAGUCUUAAGUCUUACAUUAUCUUAAAAUAAUGGCUAUAAAUUCAUAUUGGAUUCACAUGGAAUUCAACAGGAUCAAGCCCUGAAUACCUCAGGAUUCACUCUAUGGUUUCUAAAGAUAUUCAGAUAUCAAAUAAGUUAUCAUAAUGUUGGACAAUGUGUUUAUAAUCAUAAUGAGUUAAAUUCCCAUGCUUUCAAAGAGUAACAACCUUACUAUAGUUGGUUUUCUGCUUUAACAGAGUCACAGGGCUUGUGUAGACCAAAGAAGACUUUGGAAUAUCCCAUGAUUGAAGAAACUGGUUAAAAUAUUUUCAUAGGUUGAAAUAAAGAUCUUAAGUUGUGGAAUAACCUGCCAAGUAAGACUAUGGAGGGUAAUUGGUGGUGACUUGUUUAUAAGUAAUGAAGUUCCUGGGCUACCAAGCCAGCUGAACAACUAUGUGCUCUUCACCUUGGCAGUAUUAAAUCCUGUUUUCUUUUGUUCAAUUUAAUUACUGAAAGAAAUAAUAAAUCUUUUGGUGAUUUUU